AUGAUUGACAGAACAACAAGAUGGCCAGAAGCAAUACCUACCGAUGAUACUUCAGCUGAAUCCGUCGCGAAGAUAAUUUAUGAAAAUUGGAUUACUCGUUUCGGACCACCUAAAACCAUCACAACGGAUCAAGGAAGAAACUUCGAAAGCAACCUAUUCCUCAAACUUCUUCAAACUAUGGGAAUACAGAAGACACGUACAACGACAUGCCAUCCUCAAUUAAACGGAAUAGUCGAACGAUGGAAUCGUACAUUGAAGACCGCACUCAAAACUCGUUUAUCUCAACAUACAAAGUGGAUUGAUGAGCUACCUAUAGUGCUAUUUGGACUACGAGCAACACCGCGUGCAGACACUAGUCUUAGCGCCGCUCAGCUAACCUAA